UUGCGGGCGCUGCGGGGCGGGUGCCGCGUGGGCGGUGGCGCGGUCACGUGCCACGUUUAAAUCGCUCCCUGGGGGUGGGGGAGGGGGCCGUGGCGGAGCGCUGCUGCGCGCUGCGCCGGGCGGGCGGCGGUUGCUCUUCCAAGAUGGCGGACGGGGAGAGCCCGCUCCUCCAGCCCCGCGACGGCGGCGCGGCCGGGAGCGCCGAGCCCGCUCCGAAGCGCCAGCGCCUCGACUCGGAAGACGGCGGCGGCGGGCGGGGCGCGGCGCCUGCACAACGCCCGGAGCGGGGCGCGGGGCCGGCGCCCGCCGCCGCUGUGGCGGCGGCGCUGCCGGGCGCGGCGGCGGCGGCCGUGACCGCCGAUCGCGGCGGCGGCGGCGAGGAGGAGGAGGACGAGGAGGACGACGGCGAAGCGGCGGCGGGCCGGAGCGGCGCGGACAAUAGGGCCGGGCCGCGGGGCCUGCCCCGGGCGGAGCCGCCUCCGCGGCCGCGGGGCCGGGGGGAGGGGGCGGAGGCGGCGCCCGGCGCGGCGGCGGCGGCGGCGGCGGCCAUUGGCUGCAGGCGGGCGCAGUGUUCAAACGGGGCGGCCGCCGCGCCGGCCCCGCAGCCCGAUAACUUCCUUUUCAGUGAUGAAAUCAUAGCCAAUGGUUUCCAUUCCUGUGAUAGCGAUGAAGAUGACAGAGCCUCACAUGCAAGUUCUAGCGAUUGGACUCCAAGACCACGUAUAGGUCCCUACACUUUUGUUCAGCAGCAUCUCAUGUUAGGUACAGACCCACGGACAAUUCUGAAAGAUCUGCUACCAGAAACAAUCCCUCCACCUGAACUGGAUGACAUGACGCUGUGGCAGAUUGUUAUAAACAUUCUUUCAGAACCACCAAAAAGAAAAAAACGAAAAGAUAUUAAUACUAUUGAUGAUGCUGUGAAACUUCUACAAGAAUGCAAAAAAAUAAUGGUCUUGACUGGAGCAGGGGUUUCCGUGUCUUGUGGAAUACCUGACUUUAGAUCAAGAGAUGGCAUCUACGCACGCCUUGCUGUAGACUUUCCAGACCUUCCAGAUCCUCAAGCAAUGUUUGAUAUAGAAUACUUCAGAAAGGAUCCCAGGCCAUUUUUUAAGUUUGCAAAGGAAAUAUAUCCAGGACAAUUCCAGCCAUCUCUCUGCCACAAGUUCAUAGCUUUGAUGGACAAAGAAGGAAAACUACUUCGCAAUUAUACACAAAACAUAGACACAUUGGAACAAGUUGCAGGAAUCCAAAGGAUAAUUCAGUGUCACGGUUCCUUUGCAACAGCUUCCUGCCUGAUCUGUAAAUACAAAGUUGAUUGUGAAGUUGUUCGAGGAGAUAUUUUCAAUCAGGUUGUUCCUAGAUGUCCCAGAUGUCCACCUGAUGAACCGCUCACUAUCAUGAAGCCAGACAUCGUGUUCUUUGGAGAGAACUUACCUGAGCAGUUCCAUCGCGCCAUGAAGUAUGACAAAAAUGAAGUUGAUCUCCUUAUUGUUAUUGGGUCUUCGCUGAAAGUAAGACCAGUAGCAUUGAUUCCAAGUUCCAUCCCCCAUGAAGUGCCUCAAAUCUUAAUUAAUAGGGAACCUUUGCCACAUCUACACUUUGACGUGGAGCUUCUUGGAGACUGUGAUGUUAUUAUUAAUGAAUUAUGUCAAAGGCUAGGUAGCGAAUAUACAAAACUUUGCUACAACUCAGUAAAACUUUCUGAAAUAACGGAAAAGCCUCCACGAACACACAGGGAGCUUGACAUGCACUCAUCUGAGUUACCACCUACCCCUUUAAACAUUUCGGAGGACUCUAGUUCACCAGAAAGAAUGACUCCACCAGCUACUUCCAUGGUGCCCUCAGAACACCCAGCUGAAUGCAAGGUAGAAAACUGUGAUCCUGCCUCAGAAACUAAAGGGAUCUGCACAGAGGAAAAGCUUCAGGACACGCAGACAUCCUCAGAGAACCCUGAAAAUACUCCUAGUGAAUUAAUGUACUCUGAACGAAUGAAGGAAAAUGGAUCCAACAAUGGAGAAAAUAGAGAGAAAAAUGAAAUAUUGAGGAAGUGCUGGGUAAACAGAUCUGCAAAAGAACAGAUCAGCAAAAGGCUGGAUGGUACUCAGUAUCUAUUUUUACCACCAAAUCGCUAUAUUUUCCAUGGUGCUGAGGUGUACUCGGAUUCUGAAGAUGAUAUCAUAUCUUCUAGCUCUUGUGGUAGCAGUAGUGAAAGUGGCUCAUGUCGUAGCCAGAGCUUAGAUGUGGAAGAGGAGAGCGAGAUUGAGGAGUUCUAUAAUGGCAUAGAGGAUGAGGAUGCUCCAGAAAGGGAAGAGGAACCUGGAUUUGGGGAAGACGGAGUUGAGCAGGAUGCAGCAGAUGAAUCAGCUUAUAUAAAUGAAGUGACAGGGACUGAUCAUCCACCAAACAACAAGCUGUAAAGUAAUAACUGACUGGUUACCGGAACUUUCCACCAGCAUUAGGAGCUUUGGCAUGUCAGAAUGAAUGUUUACGUCUGAAUUUAGAGCAACAGAACCAUAAGGAUGUAGUGUUUAUAAACAACUAAAACAGAUUUUCAUGCUUAGUUUUUUACCUUUUUCAAUAAAAUUCUAUUACUGCACACUCAACACUAACUUUUUUUUUUAAGGUACUAAGAAUAUCUAAACAAUUGUCACUAUAUUCACUUUUAGGUUCAUCUGUCUGAUCAGGCAUCCAUGUAUAUAAUACAUAUUUUUGCUUAAUGAAUUUCAGCUUAUAUUAUUUUUAAACAGUUUUUUGAAAAAGCCAUUGGAAUGUUAAACUAAUAUAAAGGGAACAGCUAAUUUAGACCAAAGAAUGGUAUUUUUACACCUCUUGCUUUGUAACAGUUUGGUUUAUUUAAAACCUUCUGCUUCUGCUAAACCUUUCAUUCUUGCGUAGUCUGUCAUUAAACACUGGCAUUUUCUAAGACCUACUGUGGCAGCUAAUUUUUGCUUUAACAGUUACUUUGUAUGUUUGAGACAUACUUAAAUGUGAGUAGAUAGUUAAAAAUGGAAACAAGACAGUGAGCACUUGAAAAAUCCUACCUUUUUGAGACUUAUCAAAAAGUGCUGUGAAAACGCAUCAUGCUUAAGUUACUGAGUUUAAUACUUCCUGUGGACAUGAAGCAAUGUUGACAUUGGCUCCUUAGCUAUUAUAAUACUGGGAUUUUAAACAAAAUGGAUCCCCUACAGUAGAAGUUUUUCAUGUUGUGUACAAAAAUAGUGCAGCUUGCAUAAAUAUAGCUUUUGAUAAACUGCCAAGGUUCUGACAUGCAAGCUUGACUGAGCUGAGAACAGUAUUGCUAGCAGAGUAUGAGAGGGAGCAAAAAGCCCCUCUUCUUAUGUACUUACUGAUGUUAAGAAACAGGUGAAACUAGCUCAAAUAUCAAAAACCUCUGCAUACACCAUUAAGUGGAUAAAGUGCAGAUUAAUAACCUGACCUGAGAGAACACUGUUUUGAGGACAUGUCUCCGGUUGGGAAAAUGAUUUUCCACCUGCUAGCUCUGCCCUGCAUAUUAAAAGCAAAGCAGCUACUGAAAUUACUACAUUGUAUCUUCAAGUGCUAGGCUGCCUUAAAACUGGAUGUUGCAAAUUUUCAAGUGCAGAUUGUUUCCAAGCCUUUAGAAACUAUUUUGUAAAAAUUGCACAGCGCAGCAGUAAGUGAAACGGCAUUUUUCUAUAAACCACUUUUUCAACAUUGGCCCAAAUGAACUCUACAGAUGUAGAUUAUUCAUAUACUUUGCUUUAAUAUUUAUUACAUUUUGGAAGAUGUAUAGUAGCUGUUCUUUGAACAUAAGAUACAAUAGUUGAUAAAUAUUUAAGAACAGCCUUCUAUAGUCAUCUAAAAAUGCUGGCAUGUUGUCUCAUGGUCCAAAUUUAAUACAGCUCUUAUUUGGCUACACUAAAGAAUGCAAUAUGUUUAGUUUUCACUUGCAUGUCACAAUGUAUUAGUUUGUGCUAUAGGAGAUAUUUUAAAUUGAAAUACUUUGUUUUAAAUUAUUUUUACAGUGAGGAUUGUUUUCUGCUCUUUUAUAUUGUAUAUAGUGUCUUUUAUGUAAUCUACUGGCAUAUGUUUUGUAGAAGACUGUUUAAAAUGACUGGCUAUCUUCCUGCAACUUUUGAAAUACAAAACCAGUGUUUUAUACUCGUACACUCUGUUCUAAAGUCUAUUAAAAUUGUCAUUUGA